AGCGGCCAUUAUCAACAACAGCAGGCCUUUUCGUAGCCCCAUAAACCCCAUAAACCCUGCUGAAUUCGCGCUACUGAGAUUGCUGGAGUGGAUUUUGGUCACUUCCAUUGUUUCAGUUUUUGAUGCAAAUAGGGUUUGCGUUAUGGGUUUAGCUUUGAUUCUUGUGAAGCGUUCCUUUGCUUUGGGUUUAUAGAGAAACACAGCUUCAUAGUUUGUGGUGGUGGUGGUGCUUUCGCUUGAUAUCCACCGUCAUCGUCUCUAGCUGUGGUGUAGAUUGGUUGGUGAGAGUUAUGGAUGCUGCGGUGGCUUCCUGCAGCUCAUCCUUGGCUGUUUCACGAGGACAUCCCCUUUGUUUUCAUGCCGCUCGUCCCGAAAGAAUUGAUUUUAGACCUCAAGCAGUUCCUUGUCGAAAUGGUUUGGGAUUCAAAUUGACGGCUUCAAAGCCUCUCUUCACAAGGAAGACUGUGGUUGCGUUGGCCACGGAAUCGGGAGAUUCAACUGCCGAUGGAAGUGAUUCGGCAGUCCAACCUAGUCGGAAGAAAAAACGCUCUAAAAAGGCCAAGAUUAGCAAGGGCUCUUCUGGUGGUCAUGAAGAGGGAACUGACGAGGAAGAGUUGGAGGGCUGGGAUUUUUUUGGAGAACUAGAGGAACUCAUUGCAAAAGGUGGUCCAGAAUUAAAUGAACCUGGGGGAGUAAUGUCUGAGCCAGGCAUUUCGGACGUGGGCAUUACCAUGAGGAGUACCAACAUCAAUAUCCCAUUGUCUCCGAGAAUUACUCUGGGGACAGGGGCAGCUAGCCGUUCGAUUGGAGGUCGACGUGGGAGUAAAGAACGCAAUUCAAGAGAACAGAACAAGAGUGCUGAUAUAAACAAAGACGACGAUGACAUUGAUUGGGACAAUCCAAAAUAUCAGCAGAAACCAGACUGGAUGCAUAAAGAAGUCUGGCAAUCUUUCCUUGAGCAGAAAGCAGAAGAAGAUGACGAAGAAACACCACUGUGGAUGGAGGAAGAGGAUCCUUCAUGGCCUGAUGAGGCUGACGAUGGAUGGGGCUUCAGGACAUCUCAGUUUUUUGAUAAAGUUACUAUUAAGAAUAACUCAACUGACGAAGAUAAUGACGACGUCGAUGACGAGGACAAGAUUGAUUGGGAGGCUGAAAUGGACGACGGAAUUAUUAAAGAAAUUAUUACCGCUGAGUGGGAAAUGCAUGUCUUUGCUACUCCCAGUCCCUUGGUAGUGUACGUGUUCGCUAGAUAUGGCCCCAGGAGUCUGGACUCUUGGAAAACAUUAGCGGAACUGCAGAAGGCAGUGACGUCAAUCUGGGAGUCGGCCAAAGCUCCUCUCCGUGCUGUGAAAAUAGACGUUGGUUUGGAGGUUGACCUUGGGACUGCUCUCAACAUUAAACCAGAUGAUUGUCCACAAAUCUUGUUCAUCAAGAAUGGGAAAGGUUUAUAUAAGCUUGAAGAGAAAAGAACAUCAGAGGAGUUGGUGCAACUUAUUACACAUCUCUUUUACAACGGUGCUCAACCAUCUUUUCUAAACUCUACCCGUAGUUCUGCUGUUAAUGUAAAAGGUCUAUCGUGGUAGUGGACUGACCUGGCGAAGCUUGACCUCUUGGAAAACUAGUGGACGUGGCAAACUGCGACCAAGGUUGGGCCACAUUAUUAAGGAGUUUUUUUAUAAAUAUGCUUCAGUUUAGGCUUUAGUAAAAGCAAAAAUUUUCUUCAGCUUCACGAAUAUGAUACACGUCGACUCAUUCUGAGAUUAUUGCGGUUUUCUGGGCAUAUCGGGAAGCCUGAGGUCCUUUGUUACGUAAUCAAUAUGAGUCACAUUUGUGUACACCAUAUAACUUAAGUCGUCAUGCGUUGUCAUUAAAGUAUAAAUCUUGAAGGUUUUGUCUUUG